AUGAACACAGCGAGGCUGCCCAAUGAAGAGACGCUGGCGACGCUGGUGGCAGAAGCUGAAAGCAUCGUGAAUUCCCGGCCGCUGACGUGGAUCCCGCUGGAAGCUGAACAUCAGGAAGCGCUAACACCAAACCAUUUCCUGCUACUGAGCACGAGCGGCGUGGUGCAGACGCCGAAAACGUUGGCCGACUCCAAGGAUGCUUGCCGUAACCAAUGGAAUCUGAUGCGGGUAAUGAUCGACCUGUUUUGGCGCAGAUGGGUUCGGGAGUACAUGCCGGACCUGACGCGGCGGACCAAAUGGCACGAGGAAGUGGAUCCCAUCCGAGCUGGUGAUAUAGUGAUCAUCGUGGAAGACACCGUGCGGAAUGGCUGGAUCCGGGGACGUGUGGCGGAAGUGGUCGUUAGCCGCGACGGUCGAGUUCGUCAGGCUGUAGUACAGACUUCAACGGGAAUGCUGCGACGGCCGAUCGCGAAGCUGGCGAGACUAGAUGUCGAGAAGAGUGAGGCAGAUCCGGUGAUCCCGGAAGUACCUCACGGGUCGGGGAAUGUUGCGGACGAUAACGCCGUCCCACAUCAAGCGCCGCGUACGACUGCACGAGCGCCGCGACGAUCGUGGAAAGAACUGCGCGCUGACAGGUCGGACGUACGUCCGCUACAGGUUCGGCAAAGCCAGACCGUGAGUAGGGAAAAUUAAAACAGAAUUCGUACGUGAAACAAGGUGGUUGGUUUUUUUAUAAGUUUAUUAGGCUCGUAGAUAGUUUAGACUGCUCUGAAUUUAUUGUUGAAUUGUAAGUACGGCAUCGCAAAAACAGUAUCCGUGAAUAUAUCCAAAAUGUAUACUUACAGCAGGCGACGAAGUCCGCGGAAACAUUGGCAUUAGUUGCCGUCGAUUUGGAGGUUAUCUAACGCUUCGCGUGCUGGUACAGGUACAGGGUGUCGAAUCAGUUGCAAACACUUGAGAAGCAGACCAAUGUAAGAUGAAUUUGUUAAACAUUGCGCAUUUAAUUAAUAAAAUUUUGCAGCUUUUAGCGUGCUAUUACACCAACAUCUCACCGGUGUCGUGCUCAAAAGAGCUGCACAUUCUCUCGCAACA